AUGGAGUGCCGCUGCUUCGAAGGGCUCUUCAGUGAAUCGCCGCAGGAGCUGACUGCCCUUCAGCGCGGCAUAGGCCCUGGCAUCCAUGCCGUGCUGGAAGGCUGGGUGUGCUUGGUGACCUCCAGCGCCCCGCGAAAGUCCAGAGAGGUUUAUGCAAGGCUCACUGCAGAUGCCCUUGGCUUCUACAAGGACAAGCCGCAGAUGGUCUACGACCCGGUGCAGAUCGCCACGGCCGUCGAGGGCACAGCCAGCCCGAGCGAUGGCGUCGCGCCCGAAGAAGUUGUGCUGCUGGCGCACAUUGCCUCGGUCUUAG